CAUUUAUACCGUAGCCAAUAUUCGGCCAAUGUAGUUUCGGAUUAGUAUAUAUAAAGAUUUGAAUUGAAAAUAUAAUUUUAUAUUGUAAAAUGUCAACUGGUUUUACUGGCAAAGAUGUUUUCUUGUCUUUUGAAGAUCUAAAAGCAAAUAUUAAAAAAUAUGAAGAUGCUAAUUUUGUGCAAUUAUGGAUGAGAGACGCCAAGACAACUAAUGCUGCUAGAAAAAGCAUUCCAAAGAGAGCUAGUAUUAUGGCUCCACAAAUUAACUACUCUUUUAUAAAGUACUGCUGCAUUCAUGGUGGACAAAAAUUUAAAUAUAAAGGUUUUGGAAAACGUCAAACUUCGACAUAUAAAAAAGAUUGCCCUUUCUACCUAUACUUUAAGGCAUCGGACGAUGGACAAGCAUUAAUCUGGCAAGAAUUGAACAAUACACAUAAUCACGAAGUAUCUGAAAUUUUCUAUAAACACUUACCUAAUCAAAGAAGACUACCUGAUUAUGCUAUUGCUAAAGCAGAAACCUUGUUAGGUUUGAAAGCUAACAAAAAGUUGCUUCAACGAGAAUUGUUAAAUGAGACUGGAAAAAUGCUAACGCUCCGAGAUUUAUCAAAUAUUGCUGCUUCUGCACACAAUAGUGACACCCAAAAUGAUUUAACAGCCUUUAUUACAACUUUAAAGGAAAAAUAUAAUGCUAAUGUUGAAGUUUUGACAGAUGCAGACAAUAAUUUGCAAGGGCUUUUUUUUCAAGAUUUUUUUAUGCACAGUGCCUACAACGCAUAUCCUGAGUUUUUAUGCAUGGAUGCGACAUAUAAAUUGUUAGAAAUUCGAAUGCCUGUUUAUAUUCUGCUAUGCGAAGAUGGAGCUGGUGAAAGUGAAAUAGCUGCUGUAGGUUUGCUCACGCAUGAAGAUGCUGCGUCUUUUAGUUGGUUUGUUGAAAGAUUUAAGAGUUUCAAUAUUGCUUGGCCAAAGACAAAUGUCUUCAUGACAGACAAAGACUUAACAGAAAGAGAGAUUUUACGUAGUGCUUUUCCUUUGGUUUCUCUAUUACUCUGCUUAUUUCACACCAUGAGCCAACAUCACACUUUUGUUAACAGAACUUUCAAUCGUGAGAUUACAACUUCCAAACUUGGGAUAACAUGCGGUGAACGGACUUCAUCUUUAGAAAUUAUUCAGAAAUUGGCUUACGCUACAUCAGAAGAAGUUUAUGAUGAACUAUAUAGAUUAUUUAUUUCAUCUUCUCCAACUACUGUUGUAGAUUAUUUUAACAAGAACUAGCAUAAUAUUCGUGUUGAUUGGGUUCUUGGUUUAAAUUUUGCUAGUGGAAAUUUCAUGAACAGCACCAACAACCGCCUUGAAAAUUUCAAUGGCAAAUUAAAAGAAGUGAUUGACUGCAACAGUUCCUUAGAAAAUUUCCUGGAUAAAUUUUAUGUUGUUCUAGCAUCAAUGCGUAAUGAAAGAGAUCACAAGACUAUAAGCUUGCGUGGAGACAUUAAUUUGUUACAAAGAGAAAAUGAAUACUUUAUGGUAAACACCACUGAAGGUCUCCAUACAGUGACUUUUUUGACUGACUGCAUACAGUGAAUUUUUGUUCAUGUAUGUUUAGAAAGUCAAUGCACUUACCUUGUAGACAUAUUUUUGCUGCUCGCUAAUUCCUUAGAAUAAAUUUAUUUGAAUCUUCUAAUAAGAGAUUUUCAAAGCAAUACAAGAUUGAAUUUAGCACAAGGCUAAAUUUCUGCUCUGGAGACAAAAAAGGAAGACAGCGAAAAUGACCAGUCAAAAUAAAGAUUGAAGAGACAAAAAAUUGUGUAUAUCUUGGUGUACAUGAUUUAUCCUCAUUUUCUUAUAAUAAAACAAAAAAUAUUAUUAAACUUUGGGAUUUACCUGUAACUCCAAAAUCUUUACAGAAGUUUAAUGUUUGCUCUGAGAAGUUGAAUGAACAAAUUUAUUAAAUGUGUUCAUUCUUAGUCGUCAUUGAAGUACAACUUGGUAAACUACAAAACACAUCAAAUUCAGUUAUAAAAAUUUGAGUAACAAAGGUAUACUUAUUAUUGUAUUGCCUGAAAGAGUGUCAUUGCUAUUAAAAGCAGUGAAGAAUUCAAGUACUCAGGAAGAAAAGAAAAUAAGUAAGUAAAUGGUUGUGUAUUUUUGCAUGUCAAUUAUUUGGCACAAAUCGGAGUUAAAGACAAAGGAGAUUGUAUAUUUUAUUUGCUAAGAAUAGUUUUUUAAAAUGGCCUAGUUGUAAAAUAAAACUAUGCAGGGAGAGGACAA